GAGCCCUGGGGCAAGGCCUUAUACGCCGGCGGGGAUGGAGCCGUUGAAGCAGGCUUGCAGUUCUUGCACGACUUCUGCGCUUGGCGCCUCAAGCACAAAGAGGGCACCCCUCCGAUCGGCUGCCACAUCUACACGAGCCUCCAGUUGUACUUGGCCUCGCUGCCACAGAAGCAUUGGCAUGUGGAUCAUUGUGGAUCUACUGCCAACUCCCCCUCUGGGCUACUGCUUCAGAUGCCGGCAUUCCUCUAUUCAGAU